AGAAACCAAACACGACCCAGCGAGCGCGAGAGAGAGAGAGAGAAAGAGAGAGAGCGCUCAACUCAUUUGUGGCGUUGCGUCACGUCACUCACUGCCACCGCCAACGACAUAAUUAAAGCCGAAAAGGAAAAUUUUUUCAGAAGCAGAAUGAGUUUCGCGUUGUUGGGUCGGAAGAAAUUGAUGGGCGAACUCUUUUGGAGGAGCCUGGCGGUCCCUCGUGCCUCUCCGGUUUGAUCUUUCUCUGCGCCCGAGGUUGCGUUCCCGGCGAUUUCGAGAGGUUAAUUAAGUUAGGUCUUCGAAAUCUGGGAGUGGUGCAUUGUGAGGUGAACCUGAGUUUGGGAGCUGCCGAGGCUGUGUAGGAAUUGCCAUUUUCGGGCUUUGCUGAGCACCUCAACCUCAUCGCAAUAUGCAUGGCGAUGGAUCCACCGCUGCUGUGGGCUUGGCUGAUAAGCCCUCUGAGGAUGAAACCGAUGUCGAGAAACAAGGUGAGGUGGUGGUUUUGGUUCGGGAGAGCGGCGGUGCGGCCGCAAUGGAUAGUUUGUCCACUGGCAUGAAUCAGACGACGCCAGUGACUAUUGUGGUGUCUGGUGGCGAUUCAUACGUGGCUCCAGAGCCUGCCGCGAAGGAUUCCAAGGCACUGGAGUGUGUUGUUGAAGAGCUUCCCUCGGUGGGUUUCCCUAAAAAGGGUUACUUAUCGAGGAGUGGGAGCUCUCAUGAACAAUGCAGAGUCUGUCAAGAGGAGAAGGAAGAAGAUUUGAUAGAUCUUGGAUGCCAAUGUCGAGGUGGCAUUGCGAAAGCGCAUAGAUCAUGCAUAGAAGCUUGGUUUCACACCAGGGGUUCAAACAAAUGCGAAAUAUGCCAACAGGCAGCUGCGAAUGUGCCACCUCCAGAGUCCCAUUCUACUCAGCCAAGUUUCUGGAUCUGGAGGAUUGAUCCUAGCUACGGGGGGUCUGGUGUUCCAGAGCAACAUGGGAGGGCCUGUUUCAGUCCACUCUGGGUGGCUUUCUCAAUCCUCGUUGGUGGUCUUUUUCUGGACGUGUUGAUAUCUGUUACGCUUGGAGUUUCUGCACUUCCUGUUAACAUUAUCAUUGGUGUUAUCGUUGUGCUUGGACUUGGAACUGCUCUACGGCUUGCCCUUGAAUUCUGCCAUGAGUGGGGCAUGAGGAGGGCGGUGCAAAGGGUGGAAGCGAAUGAGAAUAUCAGGUACCACCCUUCAUUGUAGGUGUAUCUGUACAUGGUAGAUGGCACACAAUAGUGGAUCGUAGAUUCUUUUACAUUGCCCAUAGAUCUUUUCCUUCUUUACGUGAUGAGGACACAUGCUUCCCAUUGCGGCGGGAUUUCAUAGUGAGUUAAUUCUGUAUGAUCAAGCAGUGACAACCUGAGUUUGUGAUGAGGUAUUAUGGUUAUCUUA